AUGUUCCCCUCACACCGCGAGGCGUCGCUGCGCUUCGCGCGCAUGGGCGCUAUCAGCCCCACCACCGCCACCAUCCAUGUGCGCUAUCCGACUCCCCUGCCGCCUCUCUCAGGCCUCUGGGAGUCGGGCAUCGAAGGGUACGACGUCCUGACCGAUGCAGCCAAGAUCAACGAGGAGCCUCUCCGCGUCGUGUGGCGCCGCGUCGUGCGUCGCGACGACGCCGACUUGGCCGUGGCGGCGGUGCGCGACGCGCGCCGCUGGGAGCGUGGGCCCGUGCUCCGCCUCACGAACGAGACCGACUGGACAGCGACUGCCACGCUCAGUGACCUGUGGCCCGCGACGCAGUACGAAUGGCGCCUUGCUUUCGUGCACAACAACACGUUCGCGCCGCUGCCGGAACGCCCCGUGUCGUUUGUUACCUGGCCGGACCCGCGCCUGUCGGCGUACCGAAAGGCCAAGUUCCAGCCGGCAAACAAGACCGACAACGAGCCCGUGCCGUUCGAUGACCCGAACCACUUCAAGUUCGCCACCGUCUCGUGCAUCAAGCCCGACUUUCCCUACCAUCCCGCCCAGUUCUGGGCCUGGAGCUGGCUGCUGCAGACCCUCGGUAUCGGCACUGGCCCCGGCGGCAUUUCGCAACGCAACCGCAUCCGUGGCUUUGAUCUUAUGGCGGACCGGCUCGUCGACCGCGCCGGCGCCCUCCCUGGGAUCCGCUUCCUCCUGGAGCUAGGCGACCUCAUCUACGCGGAUGUGCCGCGCUACGAGGGCCCCGGGAUCCAAUCGUAUCGCACGCUGUACCGCAACCUGUUUGCCUCUGACUCGUUCCGCCGCAUAUACCGCUCCAUCCCUGUCCUGGGCAUCUACGACGACCACGAGAUUGUGAACAACUGGACGGGCGGCGGCUACGGCAGCGAGCGCCCUGACAUCGUUGACGACGUCAAAGUGCAAGAGUCGGCGCCGUCGCCGCCUCCGGGCUUGGCGGGUGGACUGGAGGCGUGGUCUGAGUACGUCGGCGCGGCCAAUCCGGCGCCGCUGACUCCGGGUGAGCACUACUACUCGUUCCGCUACGGCGACUCGGCCUUCUUUGUCAUGGACACGCGCAAGUUCCGCACGCACCCCGACUAUGACGGCGACGAGCGCACCAUGCUGGGCGACGUGCAGCGCGACGCCCUGCUGCACUGGCUGGCGGAUGUCAACCACACAGCCACGUUCAAGUUCCUGAUCUCGUCGGUGCCUUUUACGAGUCUUUGGGGUGGGCCUUUAGACUUGGAUGGCCGUACCGACGGCUGGAGCUUUUACCAAGAAGAGCGCAAGGCUCUACUGGAUGUCCUCGAGUACGUGCCGAAUGUGAUCAUCCUGAGCGGCGAUCGUCACGAGUUUGCCUCCGUGUCGUUCCGCGACAAAGUGAUUGAGUUCAGCACGAGCCCCUUGUCCAUGUUCUACAUACCUAUCCGCACAUUGUCGCAGGAUCACAGCAUCGACCCUCCCGGUGAAGAGUUGCUGCUCAAGUAUCUCCCUGAUGGCCACCACAAGUGGACCGAGCUGGAGCCGGUCCUUAAAGUCUCCGUGCAGGUCGACGGAAAAGAGGCAUGGAAACUCCGUGUGGAAGGACAGCCAGUCCAGCGCCCACCAGGUGCCCUGGGAUCACUGGCACAGACACUCAUGGAGCUUCUAGGCUUCCGAAAGCGGCACUGGUUCUAG